AGGAAGAUGCAGCUGUGGAGGUGAGCAGACUGGAAGAGCCAAGGUUCACCCAGCCCGCUGUUUUUUCAUACCAUGUGGCCCUUCCGGAGCAAUGAUCUCUUCCCGCCCCCUACUGAAGCCUGGCUCCAGAAGGUCUCCUCAGAUCCUGAGGCCCAAGGUUGGGGGGCCUGGGGCAUGGCUGAAAAGACCCCUUUGGGGCCAAGAGCUGAGAGGAAAGCAGAGAGUGAUGAGGAAGCUGAGGAAAAUGGAGAUGCAGGCUUCCUGCUGUCCAUGCUGAAGCAAGAAAACCUGGCCGAGUCUCCAGUAUACAACCAGGAGUUGGAGGCCAUCAAGCUGAAGCUGUGGGCCAUGGAGCAUGCUGACACCCGACAGGAGCCAUCCUAUGUACAAAGAAGGGUCACAGAGGAAGAGGGGGCUGAGGCCAGACAGCUGCUGAGCCCUGAGACCAUAGGCUACUUCUUCCCUGGGACCCCCAAGGAAAAGGUGGAGGCUGACCACAGAUCUGUCUAUGUGGGCAACGUGGAUUAUGGAGGCUCGGCUGCUGAGCUGGAGGCCUACUUCAGCCCCUGUGGGGAGAUUCACCGGGUCACCAUCCUGUGCGACAAGUUCUCUGGACACCCGAAGGGCUAUGCCUAUAUCGAGUUUGCUUCCCAGAGCUCUGUCCAGGCUGCUGUGGAUCUGGAUGAGAGCACCUUCCGAGGGCGGAUCAUCAAGGUACUUCCCAAAAGGACGAACUUCCCAGGAAUCAGCUCCACAGAUCGUGGUGGGCUGCGGACACACUUGGGCAGCAGGGCUCAGCCCUUCCUGCACAGUAGCCUCCAUCGAAGAUCUCGGUUCAGACCCCAUGGACAAAGCCGGUAAGUGGGCCCGAGUGCGAGUCUGAGUCUGGAGAUCUGAGCAACAAGAUUCCUGGAGCCUGACCCUGAUGCUGGCUAGUCAGUCUUCACAACAUCAUGCUAAGAGAGGACUGUUGUCCCCUCACAUGAACCUUAACUGGCCAGGGCACUUGGGAAGGGGCUGAGUCAGAGCUCAUGGUUUCUACUAGCCUGGACAGCCUCUGUGCAACCUCCCUACCUGGUAGGGAUACUCCUUCCUGGUCACUAGGACUCUGCAGGUGCUAGGCCAUAGAGGGUGGGAUCCACAGCAGGCCCCUCUGGCCUGAAGUACAGGUAAGGCUGUAGCUGAGCCCAUGGGCCACGUGUGGCAAACUCUGGCCCCAGACCUCCCUCCUCCCCUGGAACCACUUCCUCACGAGAGCAGGGAGCCUGAGAAGGUGCCUCCCACAGUCCCUGAGCAGCUUCGCAGGCUCCCUGCCCAGGUGUCCUCCAGGCCUAUCCCUCUGAAGGCAACUCAGCUGCCUUUGUCUCCCUCCCUCUCUGCAGGGGCCGUGGACGCGUCUCACCAUGGUUCUCACCAUAUUGAAAAGAUGGCCCAGUUUUCAAAGUGGGGCCAGGAGCUGGGUCAGGAGUAAACAGCGGUCUUCCCACUUACUCCAAACUGGUCUUCAAGCCUGGCAGCCCACAAGG